GUUAUGCUGACGAUAUACAUAUCCUGCCCCACUGUGCCCCGCGGUGAAUGUUUAGCCCCUCCAAAAUGACGAUUUUGCAACUCAGCUCUCUCUGGUAUUUCCAUAACUAUUCUUAAACUUGUUCUGGGACACCCGCAAAAUCUAAGCAACCCUCGCGAUUAACGCAAUACCGAUCAUGGAGGAAAUUACGAAAAUGUCUGGACCUGUUCCGACAAACUUUGAUGCGGAAAAUGCAGACAAUUUGGAGGAUAUCGAGAAGCAGUUUGCGGUCAAAGCGGUGCAGCAUCUAGAGACAUACUGGUCUAUUCUGGAAAAGGUAAAAGGUUCCUCGUUGCGACUCACCAAGAUGGACGAUGAGAUAUAUGAACACCUUAAAGCCGAAUUUCCCGAAUUCGACCCCGCAGCGACCAUCAACGAGGAAGAGAUGAAGAGUAAAUCGGGCAAGGAGCGGUGGCGCAAGUUCAUGAUGGCCUACGAGAAGAAGGUUGACGACUACAACUUUGGCACCAUGUUACGAACGAGCCCUAGCGUAGAAUACGAGCAGGACACGACGAUAUUUGUUCCGAGGAUGCAAUUCUACGCUGUCGAGAUAGCAAGGAAUAAGGCCGGCCUUAACGACUGGAUCUACGAGAAGGCCAAAGGCGCGGGUAAGCCUUAAGACAUAGUCAUUAUAAACGAUAUGAAAAAUAAAAUAGCCUCUCUCGCCGUCUUUUAAAAUACCCAAAAGAGGACAAGAGGCGAAAUAGGUGUAGGCGAACAGGAGCGCCGGAGCCUCACGUCGGCAACAUGGCCAGUACCUGAUAUAGUAAUGUGCGGAUAGAAACGUAAAUGGACGAAUGGCUUCGAGCCCUAAUCGGAUUACUUCGGCGGUCUUGUAUCCUAGUGAGCUGUCAGAUAUUCGACAUUCGUCAUGGUAUAACAGUUUUGGUAACAUUUAUCAUCGUUUUAUGCGGAGCAAGCUUAUUUCGAGAUGCCCUUUAUUCGAUUUAGAACUAGUAGAUAACACUCCAGCUCUGUUGGCACUGUUGGCACUAUCGGCAUCCCGACACCUUGUUUGCGGCUACAAAGCAAGAGCGGACAAAGGCCAACGUCACUGGGAGGCUGGCGUAGAACUGCUAACUAAAUAAACGUGGUCCUACGAUAAUUCAGUUAAAACACUCGUGAUACAAUCUGGGCUGGUUCCUGGGCGUCUGCUCUCGCUCUUUUCAACAACUGAU